AAGCACAACGCAAGCGUAUUCAAUUGACAAACCGUUUGUGUUGCUUAGGAAAGAGACACAACUUAUUAUGGUCUGAGCGUUACACUACGUUCGCUUGUCGCUGGCUAAUGUGAUCCCCGCCUAAUGCUGUGUGAUUCAGGGCUAGGAGAACAACCAAAUGCUAACGCCAGUCGGCAACUCAGUAGCUUAUGUGAUGUGCAGAGAGAUCGUGUCAUGACAAAAAAAAAAAAAAAAAAACAAAACACACACAAAAAAAAACACUGAUCAUAGAGCUGAAUGCAACUUGACUUGGAAUCUUUUAUAUAAACUGUGUAGUUACUUUAUAUACAUCAUACACUCUGUGAUGAUAGUUUUGUAUCGGUUGAUUUUGGUUUGUCUUUUUCUGUCACUCCUCAGUGCUUUUUCAACUAUACUUAACUGAGUAUUACUGUCAAAUAGCUCUAUGUUAGAAACUGUAACACUGAAAGAUUUAUUGUCUUGAAGGAUUUUCUUUUUACACUGUUCCGCUGUUACAAAUCAUAGUGGCAAUAAUGAUAAUGGGAUUGAUUACAAGGACCUCAUCAUCUUUUUAACCAUGUUACAAAAUGAAGCAAAAAAGAGUACCAUUUUUGAAUGGUCAAUAUAUGACGAAAAAUGCCGCAUUAAAAAAAAGGAAAAAAUAAGUUUGUAGUUGUGUUUUAUGGUGAUGUCAUCAUUUACAAAACAUCAACAAGUGGUGUGUCAUGCGGUCUGCGUCGUAAACAGCAUUAUUUAGUUCUUUCUGAUGCCAUCAGGGAAGGGUCAUCAACGUGUGUGUGUGUGUGAGGGAGUGAGAGAGCUAGAACCUCAUCUGUGAGCACAGAUAAGUGACUAAAAAAAGAUAAUGUCAUCAUUUGCUCUUUUGAGUAAACUGGGAAAAUAACAAACUAGUGUGUUAUUACACUAGAGUAGUGCCCAGGCAUGAGUGAUGUUGUAAAACCACCAUGGACUACCUCCAAUAAUGUUAAGCCCGUUUCAGUGAAAAAAAACAGAUCAAGCUGAAAUCAUUCAAUUGCAUGGGAAAGAAGGAGUCUUGGCUUUACCCAAUUGGCCCUAGUCUCAACUAUUACAAUGUGUUUUGGCAACAUAUGGUUACAGUCUAUAUGCCUAUGAGGCGGUGCCGUCCCAGACUUUGAUCCUAGCCCUGGGGGUGUACGACAAAGCGAGUACACCUAAGAUAAUGGAGAAGGGCUGAAUGCAAAAGGAUAUGCUACAAGCAUCUAACUGAGCUAUCAGAAGGCUGGUAAAAGAGCCUGUGUUUUUAUUGUAUUCUAGAACCAUCACAGCCCCAGGGUCCUGUUCAGUACAAUUAAUUACUUAAUUAAUAACUAAUUCAUUCUUAUAACCCGCUUUGGUUAUAAAAAAAUUCUAAAAUGACCUUGAAGAAGAAAUAUAUAUACAGUAUAUAUUUAUGUUGUUGUGUUUUGUCUUUUGUUCUUUCACUUUUAUUACAAUAUUGUGUAAUAUGACAGCCUUUUUAAAUGUUCUCAUUCUUGUUCAUUUUUAUUGUCAAUUGACCUGCCUCAAAUGGAAAGGACGGUACAAUUCUAAUGCUUCAUAAAUAAAAGUGACAUGACAGUCAACCGCUCACCGAGUCCCCAAAACAGUACUGUUGACUGCAAACAAGUCAGAAGUGCUUUCUAAGUAGUGCUGUUGGUUUUGGUGGAGCCUUUAAGGCUGGGUGGACAUAAACAGUAAAUGUUUUAAGGGCGUGUAUGGUGACUAUGCUCUCAUGUUUAGAUCAGAUGGCCAGAUGAGCUGUACUAGGCUGUGAACACUCUAAAGAGCAGGUUGGGCGUUGGGGUCAGACCAGUUCUUCCAGUCAAUCUGUUGACCAAUACCAUAGUGGACAAGCUCUGGUAUGGUGACAAAAGCUGAGAGAGAUGCAGCGAACUACAGGUUAUAGAGGGAGAAAAUGGAGCUUUGAAACAUACUUAACCCAGACAAACAGCAAGGAAAGGGGAUCCUUUUUGUUCAAAGAGAAUCUUAGUGCAGCUAGUGGUGCCGCCGUUCCCCUUCGACCGAGGGCUCUCUCGCAGCCUGGCGGGGCCAACCCGCUCCUCAGCGUCAAGUCGGCUGAGCUGAGGCGGCGGGCGAUGUCCUCGCGCUCCAAGUCGGCGCUGGAGGACGAGCUGUCGUGCCCGGUGUGCUGCGAGAUCUUCAUCGACCCCGUGGUGCUCCAGUGUAGCCACAGCUUCUGCAAGAACUGCCUGCAGCAGUUCUGGAACAAGAAGGCGGCCAAGCGCGAGUGCCCCCUCUGCCGCACCAAGUGCUCGCUCCAGGAGCCCACGGUCAGCCUGGCUCUGAAGAACGUGUGCGACAGCCUGCUGAAGGAACAGAAGCUCCAGGCCGCCGCCGCAGCUGGGGCCAGCGGAGAGGCCAGUGGAGGCGCAGGGCCUCCGGAGCUAUGUCCGAUACACGGAGAGCCCAUCAAGCUGUACUGCCAGGAGGACAACGAGGUGCUGUGCUGCAUCUGCCAGACGUCCAAGAAGCACCAGGGACACAGCGUCUGUCCAGUGGUGGAGGCCGCCCAAGACCUGAAGGAACAGCUCAGAAAAGAAGUGAUUCCUUUGAAGAAGAGUCUUCGCGGGCUCUAUGUAGCUAAGCAGGAAUGUGAUGACAUGACAGUAUACAUAAAGAAUCAGAAACAGAUGACAGAGAGGCAGAUAAAGGAGGACUUUGCGGAAAUGUAUCAGUUCCUGCAGAAGGAAGAGGCGGCCAGACUCGCAGUUCUGGAGGAGGAAGAGGAGCAGAAGAAUCAGAUCAUGAAGAAGAAGACCGACAGCAUCACACGAGACAUCCUCACCUUCUCUCAAGUGGUCAUUGCCAUCGAAAAUGAGAUCGCCACCAGCGACACAAAAUUUCUUCAGAAUUACAAGAAUACCACCAAGAGAGCCCAGAUUACACAGCAGGUGCCAGAGAGUGUUCCUGGAGUGCUGAUCAACACUGCCAAGCACCUUGGCUCUCUUAAGUACAGAGUCUGGAACAAAAUGCAGUCUCUUGUGGAGUAUACCCCUGUGACAUUGGAUCCCAACUCUGCGUACACCUGGCUCACCAUCAACAGAGACCUGACCAGCGUGACCAACAGUGGCAAGGUGCACAAGCUGCCAGACAACCCCGAGCGCUUCGACCACUUCGUAUUCGUGCUGGGCUCCGAGGGGUACAUGGCCGGGCGCCAUGCCUGGGAGGUGGAGGUCGGCGACAAGCAGGACUGGGUGCUGGGCGUGGUCAACGAGUCCGUGGAGCGAAAGGGCAAGAUCUCAGGCUGCCCCGAGGGCGGCUUCUGGACCAUCUCGUACUCGGAUGGCGAGUACACAGCCAUGACCAGGCCUCGGACGCCCCUCUGCGUCAGCGCACCGCUGCAGAGGGUCAGAAUUCAGCUGGACUACGUGGCAGGUGAGGUCAGCUUCUCCAACCCCGUGGCUAUGACACCCAUCUACACGUUCAGUGACCAGACCUUCACUGAAAGGAUGUUCCCUUUCUUCUGCCCCGGAGCCAACAUCAAUGGCAACAAUGGCAGCCCGCUGAAGUUGUGCCCUGCAAAGGUUGCUGUGUGGAAUAGCGCCACCUGGUGACGAGGAGAACUGCUCAUACUUUAUUUGACUUCCUGUGCUAAAACUAAUUGCAACCUUGAUUCAAUGAGUUGAUAUUUUCCUUGUGUGUGUUAAGAAUUGAUUGUAAAAGUUUGAUUCAAAGGUUAACUAAUAGGCUAGUGACAAAUAGUCAGAAAGGGCUUUAGUUUUUGAGAUACCCCUACCGGAGGUAGAACUAAACCCAACAAUGUUUUUCCUCAUCUCUAAGGUCUCCCAUAUAUGAAAUGGAUUCUUGGCUAAAAAUAUUUUACUGCUAAGAUUGUUAAAUUAACAGAUAUUGUUAGACACCCCAAAACCAAAAAAGGACUAAAAUAUAGCCUGUCCGUAUUGGAGUUCAGGCAUAUAAAUUACUGCAGAUCAAUCACACAAGCUCUGAGAGCUUUGAAACUUGGCAUGUUCAUAGUCAGGAAGUUGCUUUACCUACUAGAAAAGACUGGAUGUGAAUAUCUUGAUGUAUGGAAUGAAUAGAGACCUGUAAACAUACACGUAAAAUAAGCGGACAUGCAAAAAAUGAAUAUCUAUGCAGAAUGUUUUCAUUUACUUUGUAGAUGCUUUACCAGGGAUAAUCAUAGAAACACAUAUGAUGGCUUGUUGGAAAGGUGGGGUUGUUCUGAA